AUGGGAGAUGCUAAGUUUCAGAUAUUCUGUGAGACUGAGUUUUACACGACUGUUGAACCUGACAACUCAUAUGUGCAGAAAAUAGGAUUGACAUGGGAGAUGCUAGGUUUCAGAUGUAUUUGUUACCAACUGAAGUGGAAUUAUGGCAAUACCAUAAGGACAAUUGGACAUGUCUGUUCUUCUAGAUUCUGUGAGACUGAGUUUUACAUGACUGUUAAACCUGGCAACUCGUAUGUGCAGAAAAUAGGAUUGACAUGGGAGAUGCUAGGUUUCAGAUGUAUUUGUUACCAACUGAAGUGGAAUUAUGGCAAAACCAUAAUGACAAUUGGACAUUACAAAGAAGCAGAAGUGUUGGACAUCGACGCGUUGAACAACACGAGAAGAGCGGGCCGGAGCGUCUUGUUCUUCAAUCGUGUACCAAAAGUGGGCUCUCAAACUUUCAUGGAACUGUUGAGGAGGCUGUCCAUGAGGAAUGGUUUCUCCUUCAACAGAGAUCGCGUGCAGAGAGUCGAAACUAUACGCCUGGCGCCAAUUGAGCAGGUUCAACUUGCCACAAUGGUGAGCAGCUACGCCGAACCAUCCGUCUACAUAAAGCACGUGUGCUUCACGAACUUCACCGAAUUCAACCUGCCGCAGCCAAUUUACAUCAACAUAGUCCGGGAUCCUGUUGAGAGAGUGAUAUCCUGGUACUAUUACGUACGAGCACCUUGGUAUUACGUCGAGAGAAAGCAAAUAUUUCCAGACCUACCACUGCCGGAUCCGAACUGGCUGAAGAAGGACUUCGAGUCCUGUGUACUUAAGGCGGACCGUGAAUGCAGAUACCUGGAGGGUGAAAUUCACGAGGGGAUCGGCGAUCAUCGCAGGCAAACGCUUUUCUUCUGCGGCCACAGCGAGAAAUGCACCCCGUUCAACACGGUGGGUGCCCUGGAACGAGCGAAAAUGGCAGUGGAGAAACACUACGCGGUGGUCGGCGUGCUGGAGGACGUGAAUACCACUCUCACGGUAUUGGAAAAUUACAUACCCCGAUUUUUCCGAGGCGCCACCGACGUCUACUACGACGAGGUGAACGCGUUCACGAGGAUCAAUCGGAACUUCUUCAAACCGCCUGUCAGCGAGGAGGUGAAGGACAUGGUGAGGAGCAACUUCACCAGGGAGAUCGAAUUCUAUCAGUUCUGCAAGCAACGUCUGUACAAGCAGCUUAGAGCCUUGAAACUGACCAAGAGCACGCCUAUGUUCGAAAGCAAUAGUUUGUAACCGUGUUUACACGUCCCAGGAAGCGUCGAGGGACUCGUCGAAUUGCCAUUCGGCGACCGUCGAGGAGGACUUCCUGGAGACGUUGAAAAUAGGAUCGACCGAUGGCUCGCCGAGCAUUUCUCCGACGAGACUGUCAAGAUGGAAGGUCGAGGAUGCUAGGAAUGACAAAUAAUUCGAACUAUCUGAAUUAUCUCGGGGAUUUUCGAGUCGGCCCGCGAAAGCCCGACGGCCUUUGGUGAUAACACGACCACAAAUAUGACGCGGAUGUCGAAUGGUAGACAAUAAAGGGUAGAAUGUACGAGUCCUAGGUGUUCCUCCAGCAGGCCGCUCGCAACUGGAGGAACGCGUUUUGUAACGUAACGUAAGAGAUAAUCGAAGAAGGGAAAUUAAUCGUUGCCUUUAGCGAGGAUCUUUCACGAUCCUCGCGACUCGAAAUCGUUAAAAUUCGUAGAUCCAAGUGUCGGAUCGUUACGAAAGAAUGUUCCAAUAAGCAAUAUCUCAUGUGAUUCAGACGAGUGAGUGCUUUCAAUUCGAAUAGGACGCUUCGAUCGAGCGCCUGUUUCCUUAUUUUGUGAUCGUUUCCCCUGUAUCGUCUGUAAGCGUAGCUUCGCACUAGAUCUACCACGAUCGGUCUGAUAAUCGGUGAAAUAACGGACGAGAAACUGCUGAAAUGACGGACGAAGAAGGACGGAAGUCGAGGAAUUUUUAAAACAACAAACGAUCCAGAAGAGAUACUGAAAACUCGUUUAUAUGUAUAUUAUAAGAUAAGCUUGUAUAUUAAAAAGCACGUCAAAUGGCGAAGGUAAUUGCGUUAAGGUGGUUGGUUCUGAAAUAAAAUUUCUAAUACAAGUAUUAUUAUAGACGUCGAUACGAGUGUAUAUUAAAUUUGAGCAUGAUCCGACGUGUAGUUUGCUAGAUACGAGCUUUGAAAUUCGCUCCUCUUGGACUUAUAUAAAAAUUGAAAUACUGACAGUGGAGUACGUAUUUACCGAUAAUAAACAAUCCACGAUAAGCACUGAAUCCAAAAUUUAAUCGAAAUUAUUCGAAGCGAAAUUUUUCGUGCAAUUG